GGUGGACCGCUACUUCUCUUAACCUCAACCAUCACCUACAUUCGCUCUGUAUCUUAGGGUUCCCAAAUCCAUAAUCAUCAGAUCUCUGUUUCCUUGCGCACAAUGCAUUCAUGGAAAAAAAUGAAAAAAAAACUAACCCAUUUCUUGUCUGAUCAUUCUCCUCCUCCUUCUCCAUCAUCAUCAUCAUCAUCAUCAUCUUCUUCCCCUUCAUCCACAUCUUCUGAUCAUGAUCAGACCAGAUCACCAUUUAAGGAUGACAGUUAUAUGUCAUCAAUGCUGUCCUUCUUUUUUCCCUCUAAUGAGUCCAUUUCAAAAAAGAAUGAGGAUUACACUGAACCAACUCAAUCACUAAAGAGUAUUAAAUGUGGGACAUCAAAAGCUUGGGAUCCUAAAGAAGAGAAUGGAGAUCAGAACUCUGCAAGGAGUAUAAGCAGUCCUGAAGUGUUUGAAGAUGCCAUUGAUCUCCGGACACCAAAGAAGUACAUCCCAGACCAAAAUCUUGAUUCUGUUUUCGUUUCUCCGGAACUCUACCAGUUUUUUCAAUCUUGUCUUCCCAAUAUAGUGAAAGGUUGCCGAUGGGUAUUGCUUUAUAGUACCGUGAAACAUGGCAUAUCACUUCGCACACUUAUUCGGAACAGUUGUGAUCUUCCUGGUCCUUGUUUGCUGAUCACUGGAGAUACUAAAGGUGCUGUAUUUGGCGGGCUGCUAAAUAGCCCGUUGACGCCUACUCCACAGAGGAAAUAUCAAGGGACAUUUCAAACCUUCGUUUUCACAACAUUAUAUGGCCCACCAACUUUGUUUAGACCAACCGGUGCAAAUCGGUACUUUUACAUGUGUUUAAAUGAUCUGCUAGCGUUUGGGGGAGGGGGGAGUUUCGCCUUACGCUUGGAUGGAGAUUUGUUAAUGGGAACUAGCGGACCGUGUGAUACGUUUGGAAAUCAGCAUCUUGCUCACAGUGAAGAGUUCGAGUUAAAGAAUGUUGAGGUAAUAAAUACUCUAAACCUUGUGCUUCAUGAGCAUAGGUUGCAAAUGGGACAUUCUUAAUGGUGUUUUCCUCUUCUUGUUGCAGUUGUGGGGCUUCACUCAUUCCUCUCGGUAUCGUUCUUAGCCAAGUCCCGUCAAUU